AUGGCACAGGCUAGGGAAGAAGCACGAGAUAGCCAACUGAUGUCUGGUCGGGAGCCAUCAUCGUACAUCAUCCGAGUGUCUGUCAAGACGCCACAGGACUGCCAGGACUUUAUGCUGGCAAAAAAUAGCAGUAUCUACCACUUUAAGAAACAGAUCUCCAAACGCCUUCACUGCGACGCUGACAGACUGGUGCUCAUCUUCACAGGAAAGAUCCUCCGGGAUCAAGACAUACUGAGCCAGCGUGGCAUCCUUGAUGGCACUACAGUCCACUUGGUGGUGAGGACCCAGCUGAAAGGAACUCUGCUGUGUCCCAGAACUCUGCCAGGCCCCACAGGCCACUGUACCCAUCGUUCUGAACCCUCCACCUCAGAGAGUGCCGGGAUGCUAGCCAGGUUGGGCCGGCUGGCCCGGAGCUCACGUGAUCUGGCUAACUUCCUUGGCCAGCUGACUCAACUUGUGAUGGCUGCGCCCGAGUCUGUGGUGCAGUUCUUAGAAGACUCUAUGGUUCAAGGCCUGGCAAGUGAGAAAUCAGCCAAUUCCAGCCAUGUUUCUGAACCCUCAAAGCCAGUACAGAAACCCAAGCCAGCUCUCAAGGCUCUGGAAACCUUGCAGAACCCAGCCCAGCAACAGGAGCACCUGCAGGCAGACAAGUCGGGGCUUGAGAUCUUGAAGGCAGUGCCAGGUGGUGACAAUGCUAUGCAUUCCGUCUGCUCUGAUGUCCAGCAGCUCAUGCUCUCCACUCUGGCCCCACUGGUUGCCUUCAAAGGCCACAGCCUAGGUUUAGAGCCUUGCAAAGGGGAUGCGAAUACUCACAGCAGUACAGACACCACUGCCAUCCCCACAGCCUCUGCAACUGCCAGGCCAUUGACACGGGAGGUCAGUGCAGGAGUAGUUGCCAAGGCCAGCGGCAUGGCCUCAAACCAGAACAAUUCAGGAUGCAGUACUUGUAUGCCAGACUUAUACUCAGGCCAGGAUCUUCCCUUACAGGAUAGCCAGCAGCCCAUAGGGAAAGCCACUCUAACCAGUCAGCUGAGACCCUCACCCUCUGCCUUACGUAGAGCCUUGCACGUCCUGCAGCAGAAUCCAACUCUGCUACACCAGCUGACAGCUGGUAGCCCCUUGCGAAACCAUAAGCCACUACUUCCCAUCCUCACCAACCCACAAGCACUGCAGGCAUUGAUACAGAUAGAAAAGGGACUGCAGAUACUGUCCAGGGAGGUGCCUGAGCUGGGACUUUGUUUAUGGGGCCCAGGUAGACCAAAUGUGGCUAGAGGAGCCCCUGAAACUACGGGUGGAGGACAGGGUCAUAGAGCAGACCCUGUGCAACACACUUGGGCCAUUCUUCAGCUCCUACAUGCACUGGCCAAUGCCUGCUCCCAGUCUACUCAAUUCUCACCCUCAUCCCCCCUCACUGAAGGCCACUACCAGCAAGAACUGGAGCAUCUGAAAGCCAUGGGUUUUGCUAACUGUGACGCCAAUUUACAGGUCCUCGUGGCCACAGGCGGAGACAUCCAUGCUGCCAUUGAGAGGCUGCUGGGGGAACCAGAGGCCUAG